AUGAACAUGAAUGCUUUGGGAAGCCCUGUGAUGGACCCUACGAUUUCCAAACGGAACACGGCGCUGAGAUUAGUUGACUUGGUAGGGGCGCACCACCAUCACCAUCAUCACCACCAUACCCCUCAGAGCGUGACAGGCUUCCCGGGGUUCAGCAGCCAUCCCCACUCAAUGGCUCACUCGCACCCUGGGGAGAUUACUGCGGAACCCCGCCUGGGGCCGAGUCCAUUCGGGCCAGAACACAUGGGGCACUCCGCGGCCCUCAAAAUCAGCCCAGCCCAUCAUUACCCACACCACCAUCACCACCACAAUCAUCAUAUGGCAGGCCACAGUGAAGUGGUCUCCAGUCAAACGGGAUCUUUUGGCCCGGUGCAGGCGGCAACCGUCCCUUAUUCCAUGUCCCACACGGCCCAGACGUUAUCCGCAGCCGCAGGUAGCUAUCCGGGACACUACGGCCAUCACCCUGAUGCUGGUAGCCAUGCCCUCUUCUCCGGACUCCACCAUGAGCAGUCAUCUAGCGGAGCACCAGGUGGCCAAGCCAUGAAUGGACAAAUAAGGUUAGGAAUACCUAGCGAAAUGUACGUUAGGUCUGAUCACUUGAGUCAAGUGGCGAGCUCCAGGGCUGAUCCGUUCUCCGCCUCGACAUUACAUGGCUACGGCGGUCUGAACCACCUGAACAUGAACCUCGGAGCCCAGCAUCACGGAUCCGGUGCAUUCUUCCGCUACAUGAGGCAACCGAUAAAGCAAGAACUCAUCUGCAAGUGGCACGAACCGGAACUGUCGCCGAAGAAACUCUGCUCGAAAACUUACAGCACGAUGCACGAGCUGGUAACUCAUGUAACGGUUGAUCACGUCGGUGGCCCGGAGAUGGCUAACCAUAUCUGCUUCUGGGAAGAAUGUCCCAGAGAAGGAAAACCUUUUAAAGCCAAGUACAAACUUGUAAAUCAUAUCAGAGUACACACCGGAGAGAAACCAUUUCCAUGUCCCUUCCCCGGCUGUGGAAAAGUAUUUGCUCGAUCGGAGAAUCUGAAGAUCCACAAGAGGACUCACACAGGUGAGAAGCCCUUCAAAUGUGAGUUUGACGGCUGUGACCGACGUUUCGCCAACAGCAGUGACCGGAAGAAGCACUCCCACGUGCACACCAGCGAUAAGCCCUACAACUGCAAAGUGAGAGGCUGUGACAAAUCCUACACACACCCCAGCUCGCUCCGAAAACACAUGAAAGUCCACUGCAAGUCUCCACCACCGAGCUCUGGCUACGAGUCAUCAACCCCGUCAUUGGUGUCCCCAUCAUCGGACUUAGGCCGAGAGCCAGGGUCCUCGUCGCUCUCGGAACCAGCAGCCUCGUGCCAGCCCGCCAAUUUAAGAGAGUGGUACGUCUGUCAUAGUUCGGGUGCCAGCGGCACUCAGACACCCCCCAGCGGCUCCCCCAGCCCUGAUCCCGGGGAUGAGGCACUCUACAGACACCCAGAGCCAAGGGACGCGUUCUAA